AUGGUUGGGCUCACACACUGCCUGCCUCCUCCACGAACCGCCCUGUUACGUAGCAUCACAGACCCCUGCUCCAAGGAAGUGCUGGACCGUGGACUUGUCCUGUGGUUUCCAGGUCCUCAUAGUUUCACAGGAGAAGACAGUGUAGAGUUUCACAUCCACGGUGGUCCUGCUGUCACUACUGCUGUUUUACAGGCUCUAGGAAGCGUGCCUGGCAUGAGGCCUGCUGAAGCUGGGGAGUUCACGCGGAGGGCUUUUCAGGCAGGGAAGCUGGAUUUAACAGAGGUGGAGGGCCUCAGGGAUCUGAUCCACGCAGAGACCGAGGCUCAGCGGAGACAAGCUCUUAGACAGAUGUCAGGAGAACUGGGACGACUUUAUCAGGACUGGAGCCACAAACUGAAGCGAUGUCUAGCCCACGUUGAGGCUUUUAUAGACUUCAGCGAGGAUGAGCUCAUUGAGGACGGAGUCUUAGAUCGAGUGGACACUUCAGUGUCCGAUCUGCAGGCAGAGAUUGAGCAGCACCUGAAAGAUGAGAGGAGAGGGGAGAGGCUUCGCAGCGGAGUCCAUGUGGUCAUCGCAGGAGCCACCAACGCAGGGAAAAGUAGCCUUCUCAACACUCUCUGCAAGAGACCUGCAGCUAUUGUGUCUCCCAUCGCUGGAACCACCAGAGACGUAGUGGAGACGGCGCUAGACAUCGGGGGAUUCCCUGUCCUUCUGAGCGACACAGCUGGCCUCAGAGAUAGCUCAGACCUGGUGGAGCAGGAGGGGGUUCGCCGAGCCCGAGAGAGGUAGGAGAGAGAAGCUCACAAUUUAAAAAAAAAAAGUAAAAUAAAAUAAAAACCUAAUAUAUCCAAUUACCUUAUUUUCCUUUCAAAGUCAUAAAAACUGACAUGAUGAAGAAUUUAACCCAUAAUUAACACCACAAAUUAGUUUGGAGAAUGCAGCAUGUUCUGGA